GACGCGGCCGAGCGGCCCGCUCAGGACGAGCAGGCGACGGCGGCGGCGGGCCCCGCGGCGGGCCCGGGCAAGGGCCGCUUCCUGGUGCGCAUCUGUUUCCAGGGAGACGAGGGCGCCUGCCCGACCCGCGACUUCGUGGUGGGCGCGCUCAUCCUGCGCUCCAUCGGCAUGGACCCGAGCGACAUCUACGCGGUCAUCCAGAUCCCGGGCAGCCGCGAGUUCGACGUGAGCUUCCGCUCGGCCGAGAAGCUGGCCCUGUUCCUACGAGUCUACGAGGAGAAGCGCGAGCAGGAGGACUGCUGGGAGAACUUUGUGGUGCUGGGGCGGAGCAAGUCCAGCUUGAAGACGCUCUUCAUCCUCUUCCGGAACGAGACGGUGGACGUGGAGGACAUCGUGACCUGGCUCAAGCGCCACUGCGAUGUCCUGGCCGUGCCCGUGAAAGUGACCGACAGGUUUGGGAUCUGGACCGGGGAGUACAAGUGUGAGAUCGAGCUGCGCCAGGGGGAGGGCGGGGUCAGGCACCUGCCUGGGGCCUUCUUCCUGGGCGCGGAGAGGGGCUACAGCUGGUACAAGGGCCAGCCCAAGACGUGCUUCAAAUGUGGUUCCCGGACCCACAUGAGCGGCAGCUGCACGCAGGACAGGUGCUUCCGGUGCGGGGAGGAGGGGCACCUGAGCCCUUACUGUCGGAAGGGCAUCGUUUGCAACCUCUGUGGCAAGCGAGGACACGCCUUUGCCCAGUGUCCCAAAGCAGUUCACAAUUCCGUGGCAGCUCAGCUAACCGGGGUGGCCGGGCACUGAAUGCCCGCCUGUCCUGCCAGAGGAACCCAGAGCCAGCGUACCCCCUCUUAAGUGCCAAAACUUUUUUUUAAACCAUUUUUUAUCGUUUUUGAAGGAGCUCUUUUUAGAUGGACAAGAGACGUCCCUCUCUGCCUUCGUAAACCGAGUGUACUCCAUUUCAGCCUUUUCUGAAUGGGUGACUCUGUCAUCAGUAACUACCGAGAAAACUGUCGUGUGCAGAUGUGUCACCUCUUCCUUUCUCAGCUUUUGUUUUCGUUUUUGUACCUGGGUUGUUUGGGGGUUUUUGUGGGCUUUGUGUGGGUUUUGGGAUUUUUUGUACUUUUUACUCCCCACGACUUGUCUUCUCCCAGGAUUUUCACCCAUUGGGCUGCCUUGCUCAUCUUUAUGCUCCAGCUGUUGGUAAGGGGCACACUGCGUUGUAGGCACUCCGUCAGUAAUUGUUGAAUCCAGACCGUUGUUGACUGUGGCUUCUGUCAGGGUGUCUACCUUGUGCAGCUCUCUCCCCUUUUAAUUUGCUGCUUCUAAUCUAUGGUCUGAGAAUUUGUGAAACCAGUGUUGUUCGAAGUGUAUGUAAACUGAAUCAAUAAGCUCUGAAUGGUGGCCAAGGGCCUCUCUUAAUGGCAUUAAAAUGCAUGGACUUUGGGACAGCUGUGCAGUGGCUCAGAAGCCAUUUUUCACAGAAUCAUGGAAUUUAGAAGUUUUUUUGCUGGAAAGAGCCUAAAAGUUGGUUUUGACGAACCCCCUGGAUUUCCAACAUGUGCAACAGGCCCAGAGAGGUUCGGUGACUGGGUCCAAAGUCACAGAGCUGUCCGGUUCCAGAGCUAGCCUAGAGUAGAGUUCCCUGACCCCAAGCCCGGUGCUCAUUCCACUACCUCUCACACUUCACAACAUUUUCCUCAACACUCGAGGGCCCAGAAAGUCUGAUCUCUCCAGAAUGAUAAGCCCAGAGGAAUGCUAAGAAAUCCUCUAGCAGGGACUUCUGAACACUUUGGAGAUCAGGAAGGGACAAAGGAACAUAAUCCAGGGUGCCCUUACUGCUCCCUGGGGUACUGUAUGUGGACAGAAGUGCCAGAUCCUUUGGGACCUCACCCUUCACCAUUCACUGCCACCGCUUCGAAAUGGGGGUGCUCCUCAGCAAGGAAACCUACCAGAGGUUUACAUUUGCACCUUAGCUUCAGUAGCGAGAAACCCCGGAGAAGCAUCCAACUGGAGCUCAUCUACAACUCCCUCACUCACAGGAGAAAGGUGAUUGUAGCCUGUAAUCAUGAGUGAGCAGUUCACUCUAAAGUGUACUUGCAAAAUAGGCCACUUGCAAGAGGGCAUUGGGUCAACUGUUACCAAGUUAAAGUAGAAAAGACAGUACACUGCUUUUCUUUUAGUUUUUGUUUUUCCUUUGCCUUAUGUUUUGCUAUUUCCUUGUGGCUUAGAAUGUAAAAUCGAUUGUUAAAAGUUUUGUUCUGAAUAAAUAUUUAUCUUUUGUAUUCCUAA